AUGCUUUUAAAUCAAUCUAAUUUCAUUGCUGAGAGAUCCACAACCCCUACAUCAAUUUCCCAUCCUCCUUUGGCUUGUCCAACACCUCCACCAACGAAUGCCCGCAGAAAGUACCCGAACAAACCUGUUACAUUAGCACCAACUGUCGAUCAUGGCUGUGAGAUAAAUGGUACCACAAUAGAUUGUAUACCUAAAGAUUCCAAAUUCUAUCAACUAAUCAUGGACUUGAAACAAUUGUUGGCUGGUAAAGGAUUAAGCAAUGAAGACAUUGAUGUGGAAAAAGUCAAGCAGUUGAUGGCUGAUUACGACUCAAAUGAAAUCGAUUGGCAACAUAUGGCACUUCAUGACCCAUCGAGAAACUAUUCACGUAAUGGAAUUAUCAAUUUGAAUGGUAAUGCCAACUUGUUAAUAUUGGUUUGGUCUCCAGGUAAAUCAAGUGCAAUUCAUGAUCACGCUGACGCUCAUUGCUGUGUAAAGAUGCUAGCUGGUGAAUUAAUUGAACAUUUAUAUGAUUUCCCCGAACAUGAAGGGGAAAAAUUACAAUGCAGACAAGAAACAAGUAUGAAAAGAAAUGAAGUUGGUUAUAUCAAUGAUUCCAUUGGUUUGCAUAGAAUGUCUAAUCCUUUGAAAGAUCAAGUUAGUGUUUCAUUACAUUUGUAUACACCUCCUUAUGCUUCUAUGUAUGGAUGCUCAAUGUAUGAAGCAAGUAAUGGUAGGAAGCAUCAUGUUGACAUGUCCAAGUACUACAGUUGGCAAGGAAAAUUGAUUAACGAGAAGGAGUCACUGACUUGCUAG